GUGGCUGAGCUGCUGACAGGAGGCGGCGGCGGAGGAGGAGGCCAGGCAAGACCUGCGGCUCGGCCCGGCCACAGCCGCGGUAGUCUACCGAGCCGCGCCGGCCGCAGUCCGCCCGCGAACCUCUCUUCUCGCGUCCGCUCCCCCUAUCCGUCCGACCGUUCGCCAGUCCGCCCCAUCCCCCGCGGCCUAGUCUGCAUCAGCCGCCGGGCUCCAGGGGCCGCCGCCCCGCGCGGUCUCGUCGGCGUCCCCGGCCGCGCCCGGCCCCCGGCCCGCUCGCUCGCCGGCACCAUGAUGGAGGAGAUCGACCGGUUCCAGGUGCCCACUGCGCACUCGGAGAUGCAGCCGCUGGACCCAGCCGCCACCUCUGUCUCAGAUGGAGACUGUGACGCCCGGGAGGGUGAGUCAGUAGCCAUGAAUUACCAACCAUCCCCGCUCCAAGUGAAGCUGGAGAAGCAGCGGGAGCUGGCCCGGAAAGGCUCCCUGAAGAACGGCAGCAUGGGUAGCCCCGUCAACCAGCAACCCAAGAAGAACAAUGUCAUGGCCCGGACAAGGCUGGUUGUCCCCAAUAAAGGCUACUCCUCACUUGACCAGAGCCCAGACGAGAAGCCACUGGUAGCCCUUGACACGGACAGCGAUGAUGACUUUGACAUGUCCAGAUAUUCCUCCUCUGGCUACUCCUCCGCUGAGCAGAUCAACCAAGAUUUGAACAUCCAGCUGCUGAAGGACGGCUACCGGUUAGAUGAGAUCCCCGACGACGAGGACCUAGACCUCAUCCCUCCCAAGUCCGUGAACCCCACCUGCAUGUGCUGCCAGGCCACGUCCUCCACCGCCUGCCACAUUCAGUAGCCGGCGGGGCCCCCGCGGCCGCUCGGGGCAAAGCCGAUGAGGGCCGGGCUGGGCGGGGCAGGGGCUGACCCCUCCCCACCUCGUCUGCCUGCCCCCGGCCCCGCGUCCCCUGCAGCCGCCAACCUUGUAACAGUCAUUGCUUCCUCCUAUGGUAGGACGUGUACCUCUGUGUGUUCAUGGAGCCGGAGAAACCAAAACCGGGUCCCUCUCCACCCCGGGGGCUGAAGAGGGGCGUGGGCUAAGUUACUUGGGGAACUCACCUAACACCCCGCCCUAAAGGCUACAGUCUGGUAGGGGGGAAAGGAGGGCCUGGACGACUGAGAGGCCAAUGGUAAUGAGUGAGGGGAGGGAUCAUAAAGUCAAGGGCCUGGCCCCACCACAGCGAAAACAUGAAACCCCCAGCCCCAGCCUGACAAGCAAAGGGUCUUGGAGGGAGGAAGGCCCAGGGUCGUGGGGACUGGCCCAACUUCUCAGAGCUUCUCCACACACUCCCUACCUGCCUAUGUUCCUAUUUGCAUUUUCCCCUCAUCUCCAGAUGGGAAGCCCAGCAGGAUAUUGCCCACCCCUCCAAUCCACCAGAUCAAUGUCUUCUCCCUUCUGUUUGCUCCAUUCACCCCUUUCCUUGCUCCCUGGGUUGGGGGGAUGGGGAGGGUGGACCUUGGAGACAGCCAGGGUUUGGAGUGGUAUGAUCUGUCCUCACUCACCCAUAACCAGUGCAUCUUUCUGACUCCCUCCCAGUCCCCACCAACUCUUUUUUCUGCCUCCUCUCCUGGUCACUGGUCGCUGUUGCAGAUUGGAAGCAGGGGAUAAGGCUGGCCUCACAUGCCGCAUUCCCAUCCUACCUCAGCCCAAGAUUCCAGAGACUGGUUCCCUGUAAUAAUCUUCUAGGAAGUUUAGGAGAAUCCAUGGGGCUGAGCAGCUGCAUGUGUAUGGUAGGAAGGGCCUGGCAGAAUGUGUGGGUGCCUGGAGCUGUCAGGGUGUGUUUCUGUGUCUCUGUGUUGGGCCAGGUGUCCAUAGUGGUACGUGUCUAUUUCUGUCAUGGAAGUGAGUGUCCAUCGUGGGGGAGCAUCUGUGGGGUCUGUUAACAGUAUGAGAGGCCGCUUAGCAGUUAAGUGGACUGAGAGCCCCAGACUGGAAGUCAGAAACCUGGGUUCUGCUUCUAGCUCUGACACUCCCUGGGUUCUUCAACAAGCCACUUGAUUUCUCUGGGCUUCGGUUUCCUCAACUGUAAAAAGAACAGCAGCUACAGUUAUUUUAAAGUCCCUUCAUACCUGAAAGAAUUUUUUUGUAGGAAUUUCUGUGGAGGUGUGUGGAGAGGUCUCUGUGUCUUUGAGUACUCCUGGAGGCUCCCUGAGUUUGUGUGUCUGUGUGGAAAGGGAAGGGGGCAGUUCCUAUGAGGACCUGUGUCUGUCUGAGGACAUGUGGAUCUGUUUGGGCGCGUGUGUGUGUGUGUGAAUAUGUGGAGCUGGGGUCUGUCUAUUGCAUGUGCAGCUGUUUGGGGCAUCUGUGGGUCAGAAUGUGUGCACUGCCACUUUUGCUGCUGUUGCUCUCUUGCUGGGGCGGGAGUGGGGGCAGGAAAGCUGAGGAUGAAAAAGAAGAGGGAGGAGGUGAUCAGGGCCCUCCCCUGGGCUGGGCAAUAUAGACCUGCCUCCAUGUGAAGAAAAAUGAAAGCACCUGUGCCCCACAAACUCCAUAUCCCAGGGCCAAGGUGCCCACCCCCAUUCCUCCAUGCUGUUGGUGUAUCCACUCUCACGCAUACCACUCACAGGCUGUAAGCAUGCAAUGAACACACCCACAGCCCACGCUCUAGGUGCCUGUCCUGGGUGGUAGGAGCUGGAACAGGGCAUAGUGAGAGGAGGGAGUGAGGCUGCUGGUUUAGAAAGGGCAGCACCUGUCUCUGCACCACACCCAGUAGCUGCCAACUAGUUAGUGUUGGGGAGUAGCUCUCUACUCCCUACUCCCCCUACCUACCCUUAGCUCUUCUAGUACAGAGACCCUAGUUAGAUGAUGAGAAAAUGUCGAAAGGAGGCAAGGAAAGAGAAGGCACCUGCAGGGCCCACAAGGCCCAUACUGGCCCCCAUCUAAGCCCAUCUCCCCCACCUGGUCACAAUCCCCAUCCUUGUUGUCUGGACCCCAAAGCCAGGCCUCCCACUCCUACCACCCCAGGAUCCUUGACUCACCCUUCUAGAACAUGGGUACCUCCUCUUUUUCGAGCAGAGCCUCCACCAGGGCUCAAUUAGACUGCUGCUUUUGUUGCUGACUUGCUGUGUGACUGUGGCCAGUUGCCCAACCCCUUUGGCCCUGAGGAACUGGGGAAAAGUUCCCUCCCCACAGGACAUACCUAGAUCCCUGGCAGGCAAGAGCUUUGGACUGAAGCAUUGUACGCAUGGCGCGGAGAUAUAGGGAGCUGGCAGAUGAUAGCUUCUAGGUCUAGGAAGAAUGCAUGGUUUCCUUCUUCCCUGUCUGGGGAAUUGGAAGGGAAGAGUUAAGGCCUUAGCUUGCUGUCCUGCUACUCUUCCCCCUUGUAGAUACUGCCUUAACACUCCCUCAACUGUGGCUGCCACACAGCCAGUUUUCUCCGUGCUCACUAAUUUAUUUCCAGGAAGGUGUAUGGAAGACAUGAGCCGUGUAUAAUAUUUUUUUUUAACAUUUCCAUUGCAGUAUUGCCCAUCAUCCUUGGUUGUGUAUCGUGUAACACAAAUAAUGAUAUUAAAAGCAUCAAACAAACA